AUGGCGCCGCCCACAGACAAGCCCACAACGCUCCUCUGCAUCAUCCCCAUAUCAACAACAGGCAUGACAGAGGACCUCACGCGCAUAUAUCCCUCCACCCCAUCCCUCCAAAUCACAUUCAUCGACGGCCGCGACCUCAAAAACUGUCCCCCCUGCAUCGAAAACCACGCACAAGCCAUAUCCUCAACCAACGCACUUCUCCCCCGCGCCGUAGAGCACAUCACCACCCACCGCCCAGACGCCGUCCUGGUCUGCUGCUUCUCAGACCACCCGCUCGUGUACGCCCUCCGCGAACGCUUCGCGUCAGACGAGAUCCCCAUCACGGGGAUAUUCCAAGCCGCGCUGCAGGAGGCUACCGCGGACGGCGGCAAGUUCGGCAUCGUGACGACGGCGGCCGCGUGGGAGACGCCGCUGACGGAGUCUGUCCACCAUCUCGGCUAUGGGCGGUUUUCUGCCGGCGUCGCGGCGACGGGGUUGAGUCCGCUGGAGCUGGAGAGCCUGGAUCGGGGUGUGGUCGUCCAUCGUAUCGCCGCCUAUUCGAAACCUUUGAUUGAUGCUGGCGCAGAGAGCAUCAUCUUGGGAUGUGCGGGCAUGACUGCGUUGGAAGAGGAUGUACUCUCUGCUCUUCCGCCUAGCAUGAAGACGAUUGACGGGGUCCGGGCAGGGAUUCGCUUUCUGUCACGACGACGUGACGAGGAAACGGCGUCUACUGAAUCAGCGUUUUUUCCGAGGGACGAUACAAAAACCAACAUUGCCGUGAGAAGCACGGAAGUGGCAGGCAACGCGGAACAAGUGGUGUAA